CUGAACAGCACCAGUCCUGCCGGUCAGGACCAUGUGGUUCAGUGGUGGGAUGCCCAGGGGAUUGUGGGAUUGGUCCUUUUCCUCAUGUGUGUUCUCUACUCCAGUAUUCGUAAUUCGUCCAACGCCCAGGUGAAUAAGCUGACUCUAACCAGCGAUGAGUCGGCUUUGAUUGAGGACGGGCCUCAGAGCGACGGCUUUGAGGAGGGCAGCGGUCACAACAGAGCUGUGGACAAUGAGAAGGAUGGCGUCACCUACUCCUACUCUUUCUUCCACUUCAUGCUGUUCUUGGCGUCACUCUACAUCAUGAUGACACUCACCAACUGGUACAGCCCUGACUCCAACUAUGAGGCCAUGACCAGCAAGUGGCCAUCUGUGUGGGUGAAGAUCUCCUCCAGCUGGAUCUGUAUCGCCCUCUAUGUGUGGACACUGGUGGCUCCGCUGGUCCUGGUCAACAGAGACUUUGACUGAAAAUGCAUGUCAUCCCUCAGAUCAUACACACAUUCAUGCUCUGCCUCACCUGUGUUCUGUUUCAGCAAAGUCGGUAAAGCAGUAGGUAGAUGACCAUCCUGGAGGGGCUUAGGCUGUGCUCAGACUGACUGGAAUGUUUCAGGACUGUUUUGUUUGGUGACUUUGGCUUGUCUGUGUAAUCCAUGAAUGGCUGUUAAAAUGUGUCCUGUCCCAGCUCUGACUGCAGCCUCGUCUCCUCUGGUGUACUGUCAUUGUGAAUCCUCAGCAGCCUGUUAUAGUGAUUCCCCAUGCUGUUGCCAUAGUAAAUAUCCUGUGUAUUCUUAGUGGAUGCUUAUCUUUUCUUUCUAUAAAGACAGAGCUGCAUGCUUUUCUUUUAAAACUUAAUGUGACAUUAACAGUAGCUGUAUCUGAAGCUUUUGUGAGGAUGAUGAUGGUUUUGAUGUGUGCCCCUUGUCGGCAGCACCAGAUGACUGUAGUAUUACAUAUGGAAAUUCUGUUACAUGUAGAAUAAGGGAGAAGCUGCUGUGAUGGUGCUGUUGGGUUGUGUGUGAGCAGGACUCCAGCUGUGGCACUGGGAGCAGUAGAGCAACUCAUUGUUCUCUAACUAGUACCAUCAGCAGGCAUGAGCAGUGCUGCGUAGCAGUGUGUGUCUGUCUCUGUGUGUGUGGUAUUAACUGCUGUCAUGUGUUAGAGCUCUAGCAGUUGUGUGUUCACACUCCCGAGCGCAUACACAACAAAGGCAUUCCUGUUUUUGUUGCUUCUGAUUUGUGUUGAUUUUUGACUUUAAAUGUAAAAUUGAUUGUUUGAAAACCUCUAAAUAAGUUAUUUGGUAGUGUUUAGCAUUAGCAUGUAGUUUACUUAAUUGGCAGAAAUAUUGUGGCUAUACAUUUGUUUGAUUGUGUCACUUGUGCUUUUAUUCUAAUGAUUUUUCCUCUUGACAUGUAAAAGUAUAUUGUAACUCGUUUAAUAAAACUAAAAGAAAAAAAGUCAA